ACUUUGGAAAAAAAAAAAAAAAAAAAGAGAGAGAGACACACACAGACAAUCUGGGAACGCGAGGGGUUGAGCGGAGCCGUGCUUGGGGAGCGGUGUGAGCUGUCUGCUCGGCACCGUGGUCCCGCGCACCUACCACCGUGGAGAUGCAGGCUCGUCUCGGGGCCACCUGUUUGCUGGGCUUCAGUUUCCUGCUCCUGGUCACCUCUUCUGAUGGACACAGUGGGCUUGGAAAGGGUUUUGGAGAUCAUAUUCACUGGAGGACACUAGAAGACGGGAAGAGAGAAGCAGCUGCCAGUGGAUUGCCCCUGAUGGUGAUUAUCCAUAAGUCUUGGUGUGGAGCUUGCAAAGCUUUAAAGCCCAAAUUUGCAGAAUCUACAGAAAUUUCAGAACUUUCUCACAAUUUUGUUAUGGUAAAUCUUGAGGAUGAAGAGGAACCAAAAGAUGAAGAUUUCAGCCCCGAUGGGGGUUAUAUUCCAAGAAUCCUUUUCCUGGACCCCAGUGGCAAGGUGCGUCCUGAAAUCAUCAAUGAAAGUGGAAACCCAAGCUACAAGUAUUUCUACGUCAGUGCUGAGCAAGUUGUUCAGGGGAUGAAGGAAGCUCAGGAAAGGCUGACCGGCGAUGCCUUCAGAGAGAAACGUCUUGAAGAUGAGUUGUAACGCACAUGCAUAUCCCUUCUUUCAUUGAAGUCAAUGUUUCGGAAGGAAAGCAGCAGGGAGGGGAGUACUGAGGACUCCCCCAGAACAAUUAAAGCGACCAGGAAACCUUGCUCCGCCACUGGAAAGAACGCGCUCACACUAGACGGGUUCUGCUGCCUGAAGCUGGUCUCCAGGGCUGUGGAUGAAGCUGACUGCGGCAGACUUCCUUCUGCUUCAUCUCACCCAAAUGUUGAUUUGUCGCCAAAUGUAAAGAAUGAAACCUUGUGACACACAACUUGAGCCACUUGGAAGUUUACUCCUCACAUUUAAGUAGUUGAGUCCUUUACCAUUUCCUCCCACUUCACUCAACCUUGAUGGAGACCAGUAACAUCUUUUCUACAGUGUUAAAAUUGCAGAAAUUGCUUAUCAAUUUUUAUAUAAAAAACAAUAAAAACUAAAUGCAAAUCGGUAAUUCUGUCCCCUAUUAAGAAGACCAGCCUGGUUUUUUUUUUUUUUUUUUUUUCCUGUCUUUCUCCUGGGAAUAAUCUUGGGCUUCUUCCUGAAUUCCUGCAACCCACUUCCCCUUCUGCUUGGGCUGCCCUAUUGCACGCAUGUGCGUGCAGGAAUGGCUGUGUGCUUGGAGUCAGCCCCAGCUGGAAGCAUGCUUUCCCUUGUUACUGUUGGAGAAAUGUAAACCUUCAAGCCCUGGGUGGGGCCAUUUUUGUCAAGUCAUCCACUGUAUUUUUGUACUGGGUUUAACAACAACACAAAAGAUUAAAGUAUUAAACUUUAAUAAAACUUCAAGAGAA